CUUUUAGCGAUUCGUGCCUCAUCAUGCAUCAUUACGAUGGAAUCAUUUUCGCUAUCUGAAGGAUGUAUGUUAACAGAUAUAAUGUGACUGAACUCAAAUCAAAUCUAAAACGUCUUGAUUUGACCGCUUCUGAGCAACCCUACAAGUCGACGAGGUGACGCACCAAUCGUUUUAUAACGGUUUGACCUUCGAGGACACGGCGACCUCUAUCAGUGGAUAAUACUAUUAGAUCGUUGCCCCACUAAACUUACCUCUACAUCGGCGCAUCGUAAGUGUUCAACGUUCUGUCAUUUAAAUAAACCUAUUAACUCCGUAACGGUACACAUGCAGAUGGGAUCAUUAUGGGUAAAAAAUGUUUUUAGUGUGCAUUUAAGCGAGGAAGAGCUUCAAAGUAUCCCACAUUUAAAGAUUGAACUGCUGACGCAUAUCGCUCUCAGAACGGUUCAAACUUCAUGUCUUUUCGGAGCCAUCAUAUGUGCCCCGAUGAUUACCUUGCUGUCAAAACCUAGAACUUUAAGGUGUUUAACCAGAAGAUCGGUUAAAUUCGCCACAUAUGGAUUCCUACCCGGACUCACCAUUGCCCCAAUACUAAUGUAUGCUCGAAUGAAAGGUCAACCGGACGAAGCAUUUUACGACAGGUGCUAUCGGCUACGAUGCAACAAAAACCAGAAACUCUGGAAGACGUAGAAGCAUUCACGUAUCUGGGUAGCAUCAUCAAUGAACGUGGAGGAUUUGAUGCAGGUGUAAAGAGGAGGACUGGCAAAGCAAUGACGGCAUUCCUAUAGCUGGAGAACAUAUGGAGCUCAAAAUAACCGUCAAGCAAUAUUAAAGUCAGAAUCUUCAAUACGAACGUCAAUAUAGUUAUACUGUAGAGAGCUGAAAGUUGGAGAACUACCACAACCAUCAUCAAAAAGGUACAAGUAUUUAUAAACAACUGUCUGCAAAAUACUAAAAGUCCGUUGACC